UCAACCCUCCACACGCAGACGGGCUGCUAAGUCUGUGCGCACGCUGCUCACCGUCAGGACUGGCUUGUAACUGGAGAAAACAAGUAAUAUCAAGCAUUACCGUACCCGCUUUCAUUGCCACACCAACUGAAAACAAAAACGCCUUUAAGACAAGAGCAAGGACAACAACAUUUUGAACAAGAAAUACUAGUGUGCAGAAAGAAGAUUUUAUUUUAAUCUGCAAAGUGUUUAUGGGACUAAGAUUGGUGGAAUUCUGCACUGAAUCACUAAAGAUAAAAAUAUGACCACUUUGCUGUUGCUAAUUGUGUAUCUCCGCUUUGUGGCCGCAGAAAUAUCCAUUGAACUCUCUGUUUCUGGCAGUGAGCUUUCAGUUAACAUUCCUGAUCCUCCAGUUCUUCAACCUCUGCUGGGUGGUACUCUAGUCAUACCUUGUUACUUUAAGGACAGUACCACUCAUGAUCCUGGUACAACCACCACUUCCCCUCUCUCACCUUGGAUCAAGUGGAGCUGGAUUUCAGAAGACAGUGAGAAAGUUAUUCUGGUAGCCACCGAAGGACAAGUGCGAGUCACUGCCGAUUACCUGGACAGAGUUACCCUAGCCAAUUACCCUGGCAAGCCAAUAGAUGCUACACUUAAGAUCAGUGAGCUGCGCUCCAGUGACUCUGGGAUUUAUCGCUGUGAAGUAAUGAAGGGUAUUGAGGACAGCCAGGACACUGUGACAGUAGAGGUCAAAGGGAUUGUUUUUCACUACCGAGCUAUCUCAAGCCGAUACACCCUUGACUUUGAGAAUGCCAAGAAGGCAUGCAUUCAGAACAGUGCCAUCAUUGCUACAGCAGAGCAGCUGCAGGCAGCUUAUGAUGAUGGCUUUCAUCAGUGUGAUGCUGGCUGGCUAGCAGACCAAACUGUGAGGUACCCAAUUCAUAGUCCUCGGGAAGGCUGCUAUGGUGACAAGGAUGAAUUCCCUGGUGUGCGUACUUACGGAAUCCGUGAAGUUGAUGAGACAUAUGAUGUUUACUGUUUUGCAGAAGAGAUGACAGGGGAAGUGUUCUACUCCACAUCUCCAGACAAGUUCUCAUUUGCUGAAGCAGAGGAGCAGUGUAAUAAGCUUGGGGCCCAACUAGCAACUACAGGACAGUUGUAUUUGGCUUGGCAAAGGGGAAUGGAUGUCUGUAGUGCGGGCUGGCUCUCUGAUCAGAGUGUACGCUAUCCGAUAUCUAAAUCCAGACAAAACUGUGGAGGAUUUCUUGUGGGAGUCAGAACUGUCUAUCGCUUUUUGAAUCAGACUGGUUAUCCCUCUCCCGAAUCUCGCUAUGAUGCCAUCUGCUAUCAAGACCUGAAGGUCUCAACUGAGGAGUACCUGGCUACUGAAGAGAUGACAACUGAGAUAGGCAGUGCAGUGCUAACAGUGGAGACCUUCACAGAAGUUCCAGAACUGUUCUUUGUUAAAACAACCACAGAAAGUGAGGCCAUUGGUGAGCACAUCACAGCGGAGCCUGUUAAUCUCACUGGCAUAAUAACAGAGGAAUAUUUCACUGCCACCACUGAGCCCUUUGAACUCCCUUCCACCACAAUAGAAACUGAAACUAACAUCACAGCAUUGACCCCUGUCCUUAUCGAGGAGGGAAUAACUCCUGAAGUGACUGCACAUGAGGUGACUGGAACACCUACUGUCCUAAUUCAAGAAGAAGUUGUUUUAGAUGCCACUCGCCCACCUGAUGCUGCUUCUGUUCUUGUGACCGAACUUGCAGAGAAUAUCACCAGCAUGAUUGAUGAAGAAACUACAACUGAGAUCGAUCUUGAAGUUCCUUACCUCCGUCCCACAGGUACAGUCUUCCAUUAUCGUGCCAUUACGAGUCGAUAUACUCUCACAUUCAUUGAGGCCCAGCAAGCUUGCCUAGACGUUGGUGCCAUCAUUGCAAGCCCAGAGCAGCUCCAGGCUGCCUAUGAAAAUGGCUACAACCAAUGUGAUGCUGGAUGGCUUUCAGACCAGUCUGUGAGGUACCCAAUUAUUAACCCACGAGACAACUGCUAUGGUGAUAAAAAUGGACUUCCAGGUGUCAGAAAUUAUGGUGUACGUCCAGCAAUGGAACAGUAUGAUGUCUACUGUUAUAUAGACAAGCUUAAAGGAGAGGUUUUCCAUGCAACUACUGCUGGAAAGUUCACAUUUGAAGAGGCAAAGUUAUAUUGUCAAAAGAAUAAUGCAUCCCUUGCAAAAACUGGAGAGAUGUAUGCUGCUUGGAAACAGGGUCUUGACAAGUGUCACCCGGGUUGGCUGGCUGAUGGCAGUGUCCGGUACCCAAUUAACAAAGCAAGACCCCUUUGUGGUGGGGGAAAGACUGGAGUUAGGUCCAUAUACCAAUUCUCUAACCAAACUGGCUACCCUAGUCCCCACUCUAAAUAUGAUGCCUAUUGCUUCAGAGCUGUUUUAAAAGAAGAAGUGACUUUUGCACCAGAACAAGAGGAGGCCGUAACCCAUUUACCUCUUGAGGCUGAGCCACCUCUAACCCCUACUGUGCUAGAAGAGGAGCCUGUAACAAGUACCUACCCAUAUGAGGAAGCAAUACAGACUGCUACAGAUGCAGGGAUAUUGCAAGCAGCUCAGCCUACUUCUGCUCCUCCUGUAAUUGUCACAUCUGUAGAAUCUGCAAUAAAUGCAUCAGCUGUUGGCAGUGGUUUUUCGGCGAGUGGCAUUGCCAGUGCAAGUGGAGAUUUGUCUGGAGUUGUCUCAGGAGAAGAAUCAUCUGCUGUGGCAUCUGGCUUACCAUCUGGCUUACCAUCUGGUUUACCAUCUGGACUGCCUCUAUACUCUGGCGAGGGUAGUGUUGAUACUUCUGGAACAAGUGCAUGGCCUCCAGAACAUACUUUUUCUUCUCAAGAUUUAAGUGGUGACUUCUCAGGUACUUGGGAUAUAACAUCUGGAAUUACAUUUCCAGAUGAAUCUCUUGUUCUUUUAACCGAAAAGUCACCAGUUGAGCAAGAAGCAGGAGUAGGAAGCACACAAUUUAGCGGAGUUUCAGGAGAGUUUUUCAGUACGGAUUACAGUGGUAUACCCUCUGGAGAAGGUGUUACAAGCGUUGACCUGUCUGGGUUUACUUCUGGGUUUACAUCUGUUAGCACAGACAUUUCAGGUUUGCCUUUCCCAGAAGAGUCUGGCUCUGGCAUCAUAUUCUUAAAAGAUCACAUUAAGGAAAUUUUUCCUGUAAGUUCAGAAUCAGAGCAAGAAGCAAGCAGUGAAACAGACAUUAGUGGCUUAGCUUUUGGAAGUGGUGUAAGUGGAAUUUCAUCUGGUGUUUUACUACAAAGUGGUGACUUUUCAGGAGUCUCUGGUAUUUCUUCUGGGGUCCUAGAUUUAAGUGGCUAUCCUUCUGGAAUAUCUGCGAUUUCCAGUUCUGGUGCAAUUUCUUCAGGGUUGCCAGACAUCACAUUUGUAGACCAGAAGCUCAUUAAACUGAUUACCCAGGAAAAACAUGAAGAAGAACAGCAAUUGGGAAGUGGUACUUCAGAGGUGUUUGGGUGGCCAUCUGCAGAUGCUUCAGGGAAUAUACAUGGAUUCCCUUCUGGGGAAAGUGGCUUUGAAUCUAGUGUAAUUUCAGAUGUACUCGCACUUGGAUCAGGAUUACUAGACAUAACCCUUUUAAGCCAAAGUGAAAUAGAUAUUAGCCAGAAAGCAGAUAUUGAGCAAGAACUGGAAGGAGAAGGACCCUCAGUUCUUCUGGAGCAAAGAUCUGGAGAAGGAAGUGGAUUGCCUUCUGGGAUAUCAGGAAUUCCGGAUAUUAGUGUCUUUCAUUCUGGAGAGGCUUCAGGAUUAUCUGGUAGUGGAGGGGUGUCAGGUGUCAACUUUAUCUCUACUGAGGAGCAAAUAAUUGUUUUAACCAAGGAAAUCACAUCUCAGGAACUGGGCCAAGGAACUUUGGAAAUAAGCGGAGAUGUUUCUGGGUCACUUUCAACAAGUGGUGAGCCAUCAAGUUCCAUGGACGUUACUGGAGAAAAUUCAGAAUUAGUUUCUGGAGAAUCUGCUUUAUUGAUUAUUAGCUCUGGCUCUGCAGACCAUUUGUUUACUUUAAGAACUCUAACAGCAGAAGAAGCCUUAUCACAAACUGAACAUGACACACCAGAUGUGCUCUUCACUCCACCUGUGCCAGUUGCACAGACCACUCCUUCUGCAGUCAUCAUAAAAGAGAAGUCAUCAGUUUUGAUGGAAGCUUUACUGGACACAUGUGAUCCCAAUCCUUGUGGCAUAGGAACUUGUAUCAUGCAGAAUGGGAUUGGAAUUUGUGAUUGCCCCCCAGGUCUGACUGGAGACAACUGCCAAAUAGACACUGAUGAAUGCCUAUCAAGCCCUUGUGUGAAUGGAGCCACCUGCAUCGAUGGCAUCAACACUUACACAUGCUUAUGCCUCCCAAGCUACGGAGGGGAUCACUGUGAGAUGGAUUUGCAGACUUGUGAGGAAGGCUGGGUAAAGUUCCAAGGAAACUGCUACCGUCACUUCUCAGAAAAGAGACCCUGGGUGGAUGCAGAGCGAAAAUGCAGAGAUUUCACUUCCCACUUGGCCAGCAUCAUCACCCCAGAGGAGCAGGAAUUUGUUAACCAUAAUGCACAAAACUAUCAGUGGAUCGGCCUAAAUGACAGGACACUUGAGGGUGACUUUCGAUGGUCAGAUGGGCAGCCUCUGCAAUAUGACAACUGGAGGCCAAGUCAACCUGAUAGCUACUUCAGCUCUGGAGAAGACUGUGUUGUAAUGAUCUGGCAUGAGGCUGGACAGUGGAAUGAUGUCCCAUGUAACUAUCAUCUGCCCUUCACGUGCAAAAAAGGAACAAUUGCUUGUGGAGCACCACCCACCGUUGAAAAUGCCAGAGUCUUUGGAAAGACAAAAGACCGCUAUGAAGUAAACUCCAUAGUGAGGUACCAGUGCAAGCAAGGUUUUCGACAGCGCCACCUUCCUCUUGUCCGCUGUUUAUCAGAUGGAAAAUGGGAGCAUCCACAAGUAGAGUGUAUACAUAACAAUCCAAACAUCCACAGAAUGUACAAGAGAUCUACCAGGAGACAAUUAAAAGCAGAAAGAACAUCUCGGGGAAAUGGACGCUAGAC